CUCAUUGCAAACUGCAAGAACUAACCACAAUUCUUAUCAUGUAUGUGAGGAGGAUGUGAAGCAAAGAAGAUGCUAUUUAUGCAGAACGUCUCUGAUUAUCAACCGAAGUCCGAAAAGAAACCAAUGCUUACUUUUUGUUGGAUCCUGCUUUUAUUGAUCAGCAAAGCUGAGUUCAGCCUGUUGGGAUGUCUUCACAAAGAAUUUGAAAAACAUUACCGUGCAAUUAAUAAUAAGGAAAUGGUCUUACAAUGCCCUGUACCAUUUCAAAGCUACACCCACAUUUUCAACAACUCACUUUUAUAUAAAAAGAAAGUUGUAUGGUUCCGGCAACAAAAAGGAGAACUGCUGGAGGUUAUUGGAAAGGAAAGCACUAAUCCCACUCAAGAAGGGAAUGCACUUUGGUUCAAACCAAUAAGAAAUAAUGACUCAGGAAUAUAUAUUUGUAAGAUAAGGGAAGAAGUCUCAUGUUUCAAAAUUAUCAUAAAGGUUGAAGCAAAGAGUCAGGCAAGGUGUUUGGAUUAUGGGACAAAUACACUGUCUCUCAUCACUGGAAAGGGGGAUUCAAUUUCUUGUCCUGGGCUAAAAUGUUACAGUCAUUUAAACAGAUCACAGGUGACAUGGUUCAAGAAUGGAAAAUUACUAACAGAGAAGGCAUUUAGACUAAGUCUAAAACUUAAGGGUGAUAAAAUCAACUUGCUUACCAUCUAUGACAAAGAUGCUGGUGUGUAUGUAUGUGAUUACAUGUUAUUCAUCAAUAAUACCAGAUGGACAAUGAGAACAGUAGUUAAAGUGAAUGUCAUUGCACCAAAUACCAUCUAUGCACCAAACAUAUUGUCUCCCAAGGGUGUGAAGAUCCUUGAAGUAGAACUUGGAAAACCAAUUGAAAUGGAAUGCAAAGUCCAAUUUGGCUAUGAAAGAGACUUCACACCUAUGAUAACAUGGAGCAGACACAGCCAAGAAGGAAAAAGUGAGGAACUUGAACAGAAGCAAAUAAGGGAUCAGAAAAAUGAAUUAGUGGGAGAAACAGUUAUUCAUAUAGCCAAGCUGAGGGAAGUAACUGAAAAGGACCUCAACAGCAACUUCACAUGCAUUGCUCAGAAUUCUGUGGGAAAGUCUACAGGAGUGAUCAAGCUAAAAAGAAAGGAAAGAGUGCAUUUCUUAUACAUCUUAUCUGGUCUGAUUUCAAUGUUACUUGGACUCCUUGUGAGCAGUGCUUUUAUUUAUCAGCAUUGGAUUGAAAUAGUGCUGAUGUACCGAAAUUACCUGGUCAAGGAUGAAACUAUAGGAGAUCACAAAGAGUUUGAUGCUUUUGUGUCCUAUGCGAAAAUGAACUCCUUUGGAAGUGAUUCCAGUUUUGUCAAUGAGGAACAAUUUGCCCUGGAUGUUCUUCCAGAGGUGUUAGAGAAGAAACAUGGAUAUAAACUGUGUCUCCUUGAAAGGGAUAUUCUUCCAGGAGGAGCUUAUACUGAUGAUGUUGUAACUGCUAUUAAACAAAGCAGACGAGCUAUAAUUAUUUUGAGCCCUAGCUAUGUCAACGGACCAAGCAUUUUUGAACUGCAGGCAGCGGUGAGCUGUGCCUUAGAAGAUAGCACAAUAAAACUGGUUUUCAUUAAGUUCCAGGCUUUCCAAGAGCCAGAUUAUUUACCUCCAGUGGUGAAGAAAGCUCUUCGGAUUUUACCAGUGAUUACCUGGAAGCCUUCUAACUGGAAUACUCCAAACAAAAAAUUCUGGAAAAAUAUACAAUAUUAUAUGCCGGUGAAAAAUACUGAAGGGUUGGGGAAAAAACAAACUAAAGGUUUCCUCCAAAGGUUAUUCAGCAUGGAUUAUUAAUAGCAUAAAUACCACUGAAGGAAGCCAGCAGACUUAGAAGAACUUCUUAUAUCAGCAGACCACUAAUAUAAGAUGUGGUUGUCAUCUGACUCAUUGAUAAAUCACUACAAAAUAGAGUGAAAAGAACUCUUAUGAUGAGACACGAAAAAUGCCAUUAGUGAAAAUGUAUGGCACUUAACACAGCUGUGAUAUGGACUCGUCUUUAAUGUAUAUAUAUUCAGAUAUAUAAUAUUUAUUUAUUUUAAGCUCAUGUCCGUAAAUCCUACAGGGGGUGAACUCCCACCAUGUUGUUAAAUGUUGUACAAACAUGAAGUAAAAGAGUAUGCUAGAGGAGCUAGCACUCCAUGAUGUCCUCAGAAAGCCAGAUCUUGAUUUAGAGGUAAUUUGCACUGACUUUUGGGCUUUCUUUGUGUGGAAGAAGCUAAAACUAAAUCCGCAGAGAUGGGAUCUCUUGAAGUAUACUCAGCAUUUGCCUAGCUCUGCUGUAUUAAAAGUCAAUGGCCAAACUCCUGUUGACUUCAUUGGAGUACAAAUGGACAAAAGCUGAGCAUAUUUGAAAAGUUUAACAUUUCCCAAAUAGACUGGGUAACACCUGGACUUGAAUGAAAACAAGCUUACUGAAGCUUAGUUUAGUUAAAGGGAGGGAAAACUUGUAGGUUGGGGGAAGUAGCUAGAAAAUAUUCUAGGAAAUCCUCAGCACUCAGGAAUAAGCUUCUCCCGUUCUACAGAUGGGGAGAAUCCCAAUCUCUGAUCCACAUAUAACUGUUUGUUGAAAACUCAGUAAGGAGAGUCUCCUGGAGUCUUCCUCUCCGUAGAAUCACCCAUGGGUGGAUCUAGGAUUUUGAAAAGGGAGUCACACAUGGGGCACGUCCACAUCAGCGAACAUGUGCAGUAUGCAGCACCGCAGACUCAUCUGCAGUACUACACAUCACGUGUGCAGGCAUUCCCCCACUGCUGAUUUGCAGUGGGGGUGGGGGAGGCAAUCCUGGUGCCAAAUAAACCCGUGCUUCAAAAAAAGCAGGGUGGUGCCCCUGGUAGCAGUAUGUGCUGCCUGAAAUCAGAGCCUGGCUGGCCAGAGCCACACUCUGGUUGCUGGUCAGGCUCUCUGCUGCUGGA